UCCUGGAAUGAGCCGCUUCGCUCGCGCUGGUGUUUGGAGAUCUGCAGGAGUUUAAUGAGAAUGAACCGUUUGCGCCGAAAAGCUGCCCCGCCGCCCAACUCUUCACCCCUAGAAAGUGAGCGCUACAUCUUGACAGCAGACCCAAAAGUGGUGAGCUUUGUGUGCGCUUCAGAUUCCGGACACUGUUCAGAUUUGUAAGCUUCGGUGCUGAUGAGAACAUGGAAAUUAAAAGGGCAUGGACGGGAGGGAUUUGCGCAAGGGGUUCGUUCUGCGCUUAUCGGAAUGUGACCGUGCUGUAUUUGCUGAUUUGCUCCGCGCGCGCUGAGCCCUGUCCGUAUCCCUGCACCUGCAGCGAUGACUGGGCUACUGUCACCUGUUUGGAGUCGCAGGACAUUGCGCUGCCUCUGAACGUGUCCCAGGGGACGCACACUCUGGUUGUGAGAGGAGCAAACAUUUCUGUAGUUCCCGGGAGCGCGUUUUCUGCGUUGGGGACAAUUUUGGAAUUAAAAACGCUUCUGCUGUCUUGGAACAAUAUAGCUGAAAUCAAGGCAGAGGCGUUUCUUGGACUUUCGCAACUUCGGGUCUUGGAUUUGAGCCACAACAGACUAAUGAGGCUGUCGCCCAUGGCUUUUUACGGGUUGGAAGAGCUGUGGGUUUUGCGCAUGAACAGCACCUUAUCGCCUCGGGGGGCAAAGGAACUGCCUAAAGCGCUGUCCACUGAGAGCCUGAUAAAUCUACAAAGACUGGAACUGUCAGGAAACCGCUUGAAGGCAGUGCCCAUUGCGCGCUUUGACAACCUGAACCUCGACACAUUGAUUCUGACCAACAACUCAAUCGAGACCAUUGGGGAAAACAACGUGUCGAGUUUUAACGAGUUCAAGAAGAUAAGUGUCUAUCUGUCCCUGAACCCUUUCAAGUGCGACUGCGACCUGGAAGCGUUUUAUUAUUGGCUGAAAAACGGCUCUCAGUGCGCAGAUUCGGCUCGCCUGCUGUGCAAACUACCAGAGGCCAAAAGUGGAUUGCAUGUGGAGAAACUUCGCAGGGAGGACUGCAUCAACGCGGAGCUGGAAGCCGUAUCGUACGUGUUUCUCGGCAUCGUGCUGGCUUUGAUUGGCGUCGUGUUCCUCAUGGUCCUGUACUUAAACAGAGGAGGCAUUAAAAGAUGGCUGAAUAAUAUCAGAGAGGCGUGCCGAGACCAGAUGGAAGUAUAUCAUUACAGAUAUGAGCAGGACUCCGACCCUAGACUGGCAAACGUGGCCGUUUAGGUGGUCAGUGCCGGCGUGACUAAACUUCAUCCCCAAAGACUGGAUCUGCGUUACCACCUUGUAGACUCAUGCAUGACCUUCCGAUAAUAUAGCACACAUAGGCUACGUUUACUCCUUUAAAAAUGCAAUGCAUAAUGAGUGUGUACAGAAUGUAGAUUAAAAACUAGUUUUUUUGUUAAAAAACUCCAAGUACUGAAUAAGAUAUGUGGGCUACUGAGUGAACUCUCCCCUCCAGCCUUUAAUGCAGACAUAAACAAAUUACCCAUUAAAUGCAUUCAAGUUUAAAUAAAACCUGAAGUACUACAAACACGUGGACUUGAUAUAUGCUUGAUUGAUUACUGUUCCUGUGUGACCUGGCUCUGAUCUAUUCAACCUCUGAACGCUGGCAGGUCUAUAGAUCAGACCAGGGGCUGGAAGGUGAAUACAUCACCUGCACGUUUUCUUUAAUGUUUAUGUCAUGUUGGCUAUAGGGUCUACACUAUGCAUAACAAUCAGUAAUUGCUGUUACAAACACCAAUAGUAUUAGAAUAUUGUAGGUUAAGACAUAAGUUCCAUGUUCUCAAUUACAUAAUUAAAG